AUGGAAGACGUUGAUCGUUUGGACUCUUCAAACAUGACAGUUUUAAAUAAUGUAGAUUCAGUCAUGCAGACACACAGUGAGAAACCUUUACAUAGUGAAACAUGUACUAUACAAAGAUUAUUACACAGGAAUGUUAGUGAAUAUCAUUGUGAUAUUUGUAGGAAAACAUUCCCUUCAGAACAAGAAGUCUUCACACACAAAAAAGUACACAAUAAGGAAAAAUCGUUUCACUGUGAAAUUUGUGGGAAAUCAUUUAUUCAGAAUUCUCAUCUUAUUAUUCAUAUACGUAGUCACACUGGAGAAAAACCCUUCCACUGUGAAAUAUGCGGGAAAUCUUUUGUUAAUAACAUUCACAAACGUAGUCAUACUGGGGAAAAACCAUAUCAUUGUGAAAUAUGUGGCAAGUCGUUCGUCGAUAAGAGUAAUUUAACAAGACACAAAAUAAUACACAGUGGAGAAAGACCUUUUCAUUGUGAAAUCUGUGGUAAAUCAUUCUCUGAUAAUUCUAAUCUUGUCGUUCACAAACGUAGACACACUAGACAAAAGCCUUAUCAUUGUGAAAUAUGUGGGAAAUCUUUUCUCACCAAGAGUCACUUAAAAAGACACAAACAAAUGCAAACUAGAGGGAAGCCUUUUAUUUGUGAAGCAUAA